UGAUGAGGGGUGGCUGGAGGACAUGUACUGUCCCCCUGAGAUCCUCCCUGAUGACGUCAAGGUCGAGCAGCUGAACUACCUGCAGCUAGCGCAAGCCACCUCCUUCCCACUGUACGUGGUGCAGGAGUGUGUGCAAGAGACCAUCGUCUUGUACUGUUGCCUCCUGAAGAACAAGGAGCACGUCCCCUUUGCCUUCAGGGACAUCGGUGUUUUGACCUGUGAAGAUGAUUUCCUGUGCAUGAAGUUUUAUCCAGACUGUGUUAAACGUCUGGAGAGCGCUGCAGACCUCGUUGCAAUGCUCCACAGUGUAAGCUGGUGAUGUUUUGAGGGCUACUUCAAUUUCUUUGGGAAUCCUGUGGAAGGGUGAUCAAUCCGACCGCUGUUGGCCAGCCUGGACACGGCAGGCCAGUCAGAUGCCUUUCCCCACGCCUGCCCCAUUAGCUGCU